AUGGCAAAGAUUCAUCAUCUCUUUCUCCUCAAAACUUCUUUGGCAAUUGCAUUUCUACUAAAAGGUUUUUGUGAUGGAAAGGUGAUGAUGGAGUACAUUGGAGCCACAGGUGCCCCAGUAAGAUUUGAUAAUGUACCAAUUGAAGAUGGCAUAGAUUUCCAUUUCAUACUUGGAUUUGCAAUUGAUGCAGAUCCAUCAGGAAAUCCACAGAAUGGUACAUUUUCUCCAUAUUGGGUGUCAUCUUUAAGCCCUGAUUCUAUUGUAGCUAUAAAGGGUAGCCAUCCUAAUGUCAAAGUCAUGGCUAGCCUUUCUGGUUGGAGCCUUGGCAACACAGUCCUCAAAUGGUACAAUCCUGCCAAUGAGCAACUCUGGAUAUCAAAUGCAUUCGAUUCAAUCAAAUCCCUCGUCGAAACCUAUCAUCUCGAUGGAAUCGACGUCGAUUAUGAAGUGUUCAGAAAGACUAACUACAGCAGUGGGAGUUUUUCUUAUUGCAUUGGGGAACUCCUGAGCCUGUUGAAGAACCAGAGUGUCAUCUCUGUGGCUACUAUAGCACCAUUCUACAACACAGUGGCUCCUUACAUCGAACUUUUUCGAAACUAUGGAGAUGUUAUUGAUUAUGUAAAUCAUCAGUUUUACACUGAUAAAGUUAGAACACCACAGAGAUUCUUGAAUGACUUCAGACUCAGGGCACAACAGUUUGAUAAGGCCAAAGUUUUGCCUGCAUAUGAAGUGAAUGGCAGAGGAAUACAGGGGGAUAGGUUUUUUGAUGCUUUAAAGCUCAUUGAAGAAAAUGGAUUUGAAGUUAAUGGAGUCAUGAUUUGGUCAGCUGAUGCAUCUGUUAAUAAUCAGUAUUAUUAUGAAAGGAAGUCGCAGGCUUUCUUGCUCAAUUCUACUAGUAGCAUUUGA